UCAACGAAUGUUUCAUAUAAAUUUUACGUGAAAGAUGUUAUAAAAGAUCUAUAUGACAUUUUAAUAAGAAAAUAAUUGCACGAUUUGUUUCUUGUGAGUUUUGCCGGAGUGAAAGUGUUUCUAGAUAUAAAAGUGAAAGGCGCUGAUCUUGUCAACAAACUCAAUUCUAAAUAAAGCCAGUUAAACACCAACUUGCGAUAUGUCCGAUCAAUACAGUCUUAUAAAAGCGACAUGUCAAGGGUGAAUACAAUCACAAACAAACAAUGGAUAACAAAAAAACAUUCCGAAGUGUACAAAGCAUUCUAUAGAGAUUCACAUCUCCGCAAAUCAAAAUUCACUAAAUUCACAAGAUGGCGGCGAAGAAGAUUAACAAAAUGGCGGUUGAGCACAAAAGUUCUUAUCCCACUAAUCAUCUUAAAUGUAGCCGGACACACACGAGCUGUAGAAGUUACAGCACUAACAAGUCGAGUGCUGGCAACGUUCUUCGGUUACCCGACUACGUGUAACAUAGGAUCUGAAGUGAAACCUUGUUCGUUGUCGCUGAGCUGCUGGCUGAGAGGCGGCACGAGGCUCAGGGGAUGCGGCGGCAGUUGGCUGCUCACCUGCUGCGGACCACCAGACAAUGUUAGGACUGAUGGCUUCGAUAAUAUCAUACCGUCAUCGGAGUGGAAGUACAAAGUGGCACCGCCGACACUUAGGCUUGUCCCGCACAGACACCCUGUGCCCGCCAACGUGUUCCGGCGACGGGCUGAUGAUGACACUACACAAGUAAGAGGAUUUUAUGUAACGUUGCAAAAGCGAAACAACUGA